AUGGCCCCGCCGGGUGUAUUCUUCUCCUUGAGAGUCUCGCAAGCCAUAUACGCUGUCGCUACAUUCGCACUCUUGUGUGCCGCCGUUCAUUCUUACUUUACCGCAUUCGACCAUGUUCCGUGGGAAGUAUCUAUUGCGAUGUUCUCCUCAUGCUUCUCCCUCGCAGCCGUCGCGUAUAUGGCUUAUAGAUCCCUCUCCCCUUCGCAAGGCCUCACUAAGGCAUACACAUUUGCCAUAUAUUGGCUUGUGUCUUUCGUAUCCUUGGUGGCAUUUAUCUGCCUCGCAAAGUUCCUAGCAGAUGCUUCCGAACGCGAAGGCUCCCUAUGCGUGGUGACGAAGUUAUCCACAGUUGUGGCAUUUUUCAGCUAUGCCGUAUGGACAGCUGCUACCACACUAAUCGGCAUCGAGAUAUCCAAGGAUAACGGGAGGGCGAAUACAGCGUUGCAAGAAAAACUGAAGGCUUUGGAAGAUGAUUAA